CCAUUGCGGAGUGAAUCACACACUUACACAAGUCUUAAAGUUGUGGGCAGCUUUACAGUUGUCAGAUUGGCUUCUCACAACAGGUGGCUGGUUCUCAUCGGGGCCUUCUGGAUUUCCUUCCAAAAGAUGGAGAAGAUGGGUCAUGGCCACUGAAAGGAGACUGCAUGGGGUACCAGUGUGGGCACUCGCGAUGCUGAGGCGCGAUGGUGGGAACCCAGUGCCAACCUGCCUGCUGGGUUAUUCUCCACCUCUGGGCUGCUAGAUCUACUUCCUGGAUACCGUUAAGAUCCUAAUGUGUGAAAAUGAAGUCCCAGGCCACCAUGAUUUGCUGCGUAGUGUUUAUUCUGGCCACGGAAUGUUCCCAUCAUAGACCCAAGAUGCACAUAAAAGAUGGAGCAAAACUUCAAAACUCCAAAGGGAAACCGGGGACUGGAAGAAUACAAGAGAAAUGUCAUGAACCUUGCCUCUCUUCUACCAACUGCAACCGGCCCUGUGCUAAGCACUUUCGUGGAGAAAUAGGAUUUACAUGUCAUCAAAAGAAGUGGCAAAAAUCAACUGAAACAUGUACAAGCCUUUCUGUGGAAACACUUUUCAAGGUGACUCAUUUGCAUAUUUUUGGCAUAGGAGCGAGUUCCCCAGGAGGUGGUAGAGAGGACUCAAAUGGGGUAUCGCGCCUUUCCAUGGCAGCAUCUUCUAUACCUCUACAUAUUCUAGACUUUCGAGCUCCAGAGCCUGUUAAGAGUGUAGCUCAAGGAAUCUGCAAGAACUGCCCCCAUGAUUAUGCCUGCAUCAUUGAUGUUGUGAAAUCCUCAGAGGCCACAUCUGGAAAUAUUGCAUUUAUAGUGGAGUUAUUGAAAAAUAUUUCUACAGAUUUGUGUGGUAGUGUUACUCGAGAAAAAAUGAAGAGCUAUGGUGAAGUGGCCAACCACAUCCUGGACACAGCAGUCAUUUCAAACUGGUCUUUCAUUCCUGACAAAAAUGCCAGCUCAGAUUUGUUGCAGUCGGUGAAUUUGUUUGCUGGGCAACUCCAUAUCCACAAUGAGUCUGAGGACAUCGUGGAUGAGCCCUUCAUUCAGACAAAAGGCUUUCACAUCGAUCCCAACAGCACAGAGAGAAGUUUCAAUUUCUCCAUGAGCAUGGAUAAUGCAACAGAAAGCAUCUUAGGGACGAUAGAAAUUCCCAGGCAAGAGCUACAGAAACUGCCACCAUGGAGCACAUCCCAAGCCAUCAGCAUAGCUUUUCCAACCUUGGGGGCCAUUCUGAAAGAACCCCACUUGCCAAACAUGAGUUUUUCCAGACCCAUAAAUGGCCUGGUACUUUCAGUCAUUUUGCCAGAAAGGAUGAAGGAAAUCUUAUUCACCUUUGAAAAAGUUAAUAAAUCCCGGAAUACCAGGGCACAGUGUGUUGGCUGGCACUCCCAGAAAAGAAUGUGGGAUGAGGGACCAUGUGAAACGACAAUGGAUGUCAGGGACAAAGUGAAAUGCCGUUGUAACUAUACCAAUACGAUGAUGUCUUUUUCCAUCCUAAUGUCCCCCAAAUCUGUGAUGGACAAAGUCCUGGACUACAUCACUUGCAUUGGACUCAGUGUCUCAAUCCUUAGCUUGGUUCUUUGCCUGAUCAUUGAAGCUACAGUUUGGUCCCGUGUGGUUGUAACGGAGAUAUCAUACAUGCGUCAUGUGUGCAUUGUGAACAUAGCUGUGUCGCUCCUGACCGCUAAUGUAUGGUUCAUCAUAGGCUCUAACUUUAGCAUAAAGGCCCGGGACUACAACUGGUGUGUCGCAGUGACAUUUUUCAGUCACUUUUUCUACCUCUCUCUGUUUUUCUGGAUGCUCUUCAAAGCACUGCUCAUCAUCUAUGGAAUACUGGUCGUUUUCCGUAGAAUGAUGAAGUCCCGCAUGAUGGUCAUUGGCUUUGCCAUUGGCUAUGGGUGCCCGCUGGUUAUUGCUGUCACAACAGUUGCUAUCACAGAGCCAGAGAAAGGCUAUGUGAGACUUGAUGCUUGUUGGCUUAACUGGGACAAUACCAAAGCCCUCUUUGCAUUUGCCAUCCCGGCCUUGGUCAUUGUGGCUGUGAAUCUCCUGGUGGUUUUGGUUGUUGCUAUCAACACUCAGAGGCCUUCUAUUGGCAGUUCCAAGUCUCAGGAUAUGGCCAUAAUUAUGAGGAUCAGCAAAAAUGUCGCCAUCCUCACCCCAUUGCUAGGACUGACCUGGGGUUUUGGAAUAGUCACUCUCAUAGAAGGAACUUCCUUGAUAUUCCAUAUAAUUUUUGCUCUGCUUAAUGCUUUCCAGGGUUUCUUCAUCUUGCUGUUUGGAACGAUUAUGGAUCACAAGAUAAGAGAUGCUUUGAGAAUGAGAAUGUCUUCUCUGAAGGGGAAAUCGAGGGCAGCAGAGAAUGCGUCAUUAAGUCCGACCAAUGGAUCUAAACUAAUGAAUCGUUGAGGAUAAAAUAAUGCCCAUUUCUCACUCUUUUCCUGGGUCUUGGGACUGAGAGGUAAGCUCCAGAAGAAGAAGGACGUGGGAAAUAGUGUGAAAUAAGGAGGACAGCCAUGGUGUCUUGGAGGACCUUCUCCUCUUACCAGGAGUGACACUCAAGCUGAGGAGAAAUCGCAGAUGCCAUUUGAUGAGGAGACUUUCAAAUGACGGAUCUACUGACCCUUUGACUUAUUCAUGGCCUGCAGAAGUCUGGCUUCUUGUCACCCUUGGCAAGAUUAAGGAAACAUGCAAACUGUCUUGUGGCCUCUAUGACAAGCCUUGUUGGGACCUUGUUGGCGUGGGCUGCUCUCAUUUCCAGAGUUACCUCCUGGCUCCCUGACUCAGUCAUCCCUCCCUCUGCAUGACUCCCGAGUGCUUCAGGGACAGGGGUUGGAUCCAAUUUCAGUGACAAGGGGGUAAGAGUGUGAGACUGGGUGUCAGGGUAAACUCUGAAUACACUUUGGAAGUGGCUUAUUCAUGGUAGGUUUCAUAAAGAUAGGGAACAAAGGAAAAGAGAACUAUUCGAUGUGUUUAUUAUUUAAAUCUAUUUUAGACCUUGAGUAAGAUAAUUUAGCUUUUGGGAUCUAAGUUUCCUUAGUUGCCUGUUUGUGAAACAGGAAAGAUUCUUGUAGAUAGUAUUGUGUGUUUGUAUACCUGCACACAAACGUGCAUGUGUGUGUGUGUUUAUGUGUUUGUGUAUGUGCAUAUAUUAAACCAUUAUAUGUAAAGAAACUUCUGGUUGUUAUUUUAGAAAUAAAAUGAAUAUGAUUACCUU